GCGAGGGAAAGAGAGCGAGGGCGAUAGGGGGAGAGAUAGGGAGAGGGAGAGCAUCACCAGAACCGAAGACAAGCGAAGGAGGCACGAAGCAUGUCUCCGGAUUUCAGUUGCGAGUGCACGUGGCCCAGGUGUGGGGCUCACAGGUCUCUGGGAUAAACGUGCACGUGACAGCAGCUGGUAUGCUCGCACACUUGGCUCGUCUUGGCCGACGUGGCUCCACAACCAGGCAGGCGUAAAGAUGGCUUCAUUCGGCUUGCUCCUGCUCCCCGCCCUGCUUUCCAGCCUCCUGGUGCUCUCCCGCGGCAUCGGCAUCCACGAGCGCGCCGCCGUCCCGCGCGCUGUGUCCCGCUCCGUGGCACGGAUGGACGGAGACGUGAUCAUCGGCGCGCUCUUCUCGGUGCACCACCAGCCGUCGGCGGAGAAAGUGGCGGAGAGGAAGUGCGGCGAUGUCCGUGAGCAGUACGGCAUCCAGCGAGUAGAGGCCAUGUUUCAUACAUUGGACCGCAUCAAUUCAGAUCAGAACCUGCUCCCCAACAUCAGCCUAGGUUGUGAGAUUCGGGACUCCUGCUGGCACUCCUCCGUGGCCCUGGAGCAGAGCAUCGAGUUUAUCCGGGACUCCCUCAUCUCCAUCAGAGACGACAAGGACGGCUCCAAAUGGUGCGUUGACGGCACACACUCCAACCAGCCGCCGCCGACCAAGAAGCCCAUCGCCGGAGUGAUUGGACCCGGGUCUAGCUCUGUGGCCAUCCAGGUGCAGAACCUGCUACAGCUCUUCAACAUCCCGCAGAUCGCUUACUCCGCCACUAGCAUCGACCUGAGCGACAAGACUCUGUUCAAGUACUUCCUGAGGGUCGUGCCCUCUGACACGUUGCAGGCCCGAGCCAUAUUGGACAUUGUCCAGCGCUACAACUGGACCUACGUGUCUGCCGUGCACACUGAAGGGAACUAUGGCGAGAGUGGGAUGGAGGCCUUUAAGGAGCUGGCCUCUCAGGAGGGCUUAUGCAUCGCCCACUCGGACAAGAUCUACAGCAACGCUGGCGAGAAGCAGUUUGAUCGCCUUUUGAGGAAGCUCCGCGAGCGCCUGCCCAAAGCCCGCGUGGUGGUGUGCUUCUGCGAAGGCAUGACCGUCCGCGGGCUCCUCAUGGCCAUGCGGCGACUGGAGGUGUACGGGGAGUUCCUCCUGAUCGGCAGUGAUGGAUGGGCCGACCGUUACGAAGUGGUGGAGGGCUACGAGCAGGAAGCCAAGGGAGGAAUCACCAUGAAGCUGCAGUCCGAAGUGGUCAAGUCCUUCGACGAUUACUACCUGAAGCUGCGUCUGGACACCAACCUUAGGAAUCCUUGGUUCUCAGAGUUCUGGCAGUACCGCUUCCAGUGCCGUCUGCCUGGUCAUCCUCAGGAGAACAAAAACUACAAGAAAGUCUGCGCCGGAAAUGAGAGUCUGCACGAAAACUACAUACAGGACAGCAAGAUGGGCUUUGUCAUCAACGCCAUCUACGCCAUGGCCCACGGCCUCCAUGACAUGCACAGUGAGCUUUGUCCCAGCCAGACGGGACUCUGCGAGGCCAUGGACCCAAUCGACGGCAGCAAGCUUCUCGACUACCUGCUUAAGACGUCCUUCAGAGGCGUCUCGGGGGAGGAUAUCUACUUUGACAAAAACGGAGACACCCCUGGAAGGUAUGACAUCAUGAAUCUACAGAAUGUGGAUGACGCCCGCUAUGACUACAUCAAUGUAGGCUCCUGGCAUGAGGGCAUCCUAAACAUGGAUGACAGCAAGCUGUGGAUGAACAGCAGCGACAUGGUGCGAUCCGUCUGCAGCGACCCCUGUUCCAAAGGACAAAUAAAGGUGAUCAGGAAAGGCGAGGUGAGCUGCUGCUGGAUCUGCACCACUUGCAAAGAGAAUGAGAUUGUCCAGGAUGAAUUCACCUGCAAGGCCUGCGACUUGGGAUGGUGGCCUGAUGAUGACUUGGCAGGCUGCCAGCCUCUGCCUCUCAAGUAUCUCGACUGGGCAGAUGUGGAAUCCAUUGUCGCCGUGGUGUUCUCCUGCGUGGGCAUCCUCAUCACCUCCUUUGUCACCUUCGUCUUCAUCCAGUACCGCGACACUCCUGUGGUGAAGUCGUCCAGCCGGGAGCUCUGCUACAUCAUCCUGGCGGGCAUAUUCUUGGGCUACAUCUGUCCGUUCACCUUGAUCGCCCGGCCCACCGUGGCGUCCUGUUACAUGCAGCGCCUCCUGGUGGGUUUGUCAUCAUCAAUGUGCUACUCUGCGCUGGUGACCAAGACCAAUCGCAUAGCUCGCAUCCUGGCAGGCAGCAAGAAGAAGAUCUGCACCCGGAAGCCCCGCUUCAUGAGCGCCUGGGCACAGGUGAUCAUCGCCUCCAUGCUGAUCAGUGUCCAGCUAACUCUGGAGAUCACGCUCAUCAUUCUGGAGACGCCUGAACCCAUCAAGUCAUACCCCAGCAUACGUGAGGUCUACCUCAUCUGCAAUACCAGCAACAUUGGCAUGGUGGCACCCCUGGGCUACAACAGCCUACUCAUCAUGAGCUGCACCUAUUACGCCUUCAAGACGCGGAACGUCCCGGCCAAUUUUAACGAAGCUAAAUACAUUGCCUUCACUAUGUACACAACCUGCAUCAUCUGGCUAGCCUUUGUGCCCAUCUACUUUGGCUCCAACUACAAAAUCAUCACCACCUCCUUCUCCGUCAGCCUCAGCGUCACCGUGGCACUGGGCUGCAUGUUCACUCCCAAGAUGUACAUUAUUAUUGCCAAGCCGGAGAGGAACGUCCGAAGCGCCUUCACCACCUCCGACGUGGUUCGAAUGCACGUCGGUGACGGGAAGUCUGCGGCAGCCUGCGGCACCAACAGCUUCCUCAAUAUGUUCCGCAAGAAGAAGCCUGGAUCUGGCAACGCAAAUUCUAAUGGCAAGUCUGUGUCAUGGUCUGAAUCAGGUGCAAGACACCCUCCUCCGAAGGGGGGGAAUGUGUGGCACAGACUGUCUGUGCAUGUGAGGAAACAGGAAGCUGGCUUGAAUCAGACGGCGGUCAUCAGGCCCCUAACUAACACCCCCGACCCCCACAGUUGCGAGCCCUCCGCCCGCGACCUUGGCACAGACCCUCGCCCCCCUCAAGAAACGCCACACGCAAGGCCCACGCCCGACCCCCUGGAGGAAGACGACAAGGGGCGCCCCUUUUACGCUGACCCCGGAGAAGGGGCGCAAGGACCAGCUUCUUAUUUGCUCCCGCGCACUCAGGGGCCCCUGGUGGAAACACACUGCUCCCACGUCCCUGCACGCAUUGACGCCCCCCCGAGGGAGCCUGCCAGUGAGCCUUUGAGCUCAACGCAGCCUCCUUUGGCCCCAAAAGGGCGACCAUUUGAGGAGUCCAACUACGAGGAGCUGAACCUUUUGCACGAAUACAUUUACGACGCCAAGGAGGAACGGGUCAGGGGCGUACCUCGCAACAUGGAGGACACCCUUGCUCUGUCCCCACCCUCCCCCUUCAGAGACUCCGUGUGUUCAGAGGAGUCCGGCCCCGAGUCCCCCACCCUGGAGUCCUUGCUCGGGGGUCCCGACACUGCUAACAUCCUCCGAGACUUUGCACACAGCUCCUCAACACUGUGAGAAGCACAAAAAAAAAAACAGUGAGAGCACACUUUCUGUUUUACUUUUAUUUCUUCUAUUUCUUUCAUGCUUUGCUUGCUCGUGUUUUUAGUUACGGCUCCGUUAAAAGUCAGCACACAGCCUAACAACAACGACAGUGCCAAAAGUCAGCAGCUCUCAUGCCAAGUUCUCUUGCAGGGUCAUGCAAAAGUAUAUGGACAACACAAGGUCUGAUCUUGAUCGCAUACUGUAGUAAAACUAGUAAUUAGGACGCAUACAACAAACUCGACAUGUUAUAAAGGUUGCCGCACAGGCCAGGGAAAUGACAAAACCCAAAUCCAGUGAAGUUGGCACGUUGUGUAAAUCAAUAAUAAAAACAGAAUACAAUGAUUUCCAAAUCCUUUUCAACUUAUAUUCAAUUGAAUAGACUGCAAAGACAAGAUAUUUAAUGUUCGAACUGAAAAACCUCUUUUUUUAAUUUUUUUUAAAUAAUCAUUAACUUAGAAUUUAAUGGCAGCAACACAUUGCAAAAAAAGUUGGUAGAAGGGCUUUUUUACCACUGUGUUACAUGGCCUUCCUUUUUAACAACACUCAGUAAACAUUUGGGAACUGAGGAGACCAAUUUUUGAAGCUUUUCAGGUGGAAUUAUUUUCCAUUCUUGCUUGAUGUACAGCUUAAGUUGUUCAACAGUCCGGGGGUCUCCGUUGUGGUAUUUUACGCUUCAUAUUGCGCCACACAUUUACAAUGGGAGACAGGUCUGGACUAAAGGCAGGCCAGUCUAGUACCCGCAUUCUUUUACUAUGAAGCUACAUUGUUGUGACACGUGGCUUGGCAUUGUCUUGCUGAAAUAAGCAGGGGCGUCCUUGAUAACGUUGCUUGGAUGGUAACAUAUGUUGCUCCAAAACGUGUAUGUACCUUUCAGCAUUAAUGGUGCCUUCACAGAUGUGGAAGUUACCCAUGCCUUGUGCCAGCUUUUUUGAAACAUGUUGCAGGCAUCAAAUUCCAAAUGAGCUAAUAUUUGCAAAAAAUAACGUUUUCCAGUUUGAACGUUAAGUAUCUUGUCUUUGAAGUCUAUUCAAUUGAAUAUAGGUUGAAAAAGAUUUGCAAAUCAUUGUAUUCUGUUUUUUUUCACAAUUUACACAAUGUGCCAACUUCACUGGUUUUGGGUUUUGUACAAUUUUGGUAAAGAUCUGGAUAAAAGUACAGGUUUGUGUGUAAUCCACAAAACACAGAGUAACCUGCUUUGCAGCAGACGCAUAACUCAAUGAUUUGUCACUAUUUUACAGUUGAGUUAUCAUAUUUGCUUAUAUUUUUUAGUUACUCAAUUGCAGAGAGUGCCAGGCAUCUAUUAAGGGUAGAGCAUUUGUUAUCCAGAGGAAAACGCUUGUUUCCCCCCCAAUAUUUCAGUCCAGUGUAUGUAUUUAUUUGUGGGAAGAAUAUAAAAUUAAAAUAAAAUAAGAUGAAACAAUCAAUAAAUGGUGCAGUAAUCCAAUAAAAAAUAUAUAAAUUGUUAUAAGGCAUUUUCCAGCGAUUAAUUGAGGCGCGGCUUCUAUUAGUGAUGAGGCCAGUAUUUGAGGAAAUGUGGUCAUCGUAGCAUUGCUAAAAAUGACACAUCUAAUUGUGGCCUAGGACUUUUGCACUUUUCUGUUAAAGAAGAAAAUCACUGAGGAAAAAAUAGAUGUAGAAUGAAAACCAAAACCUUCUAAAACGUUGUUGACAUUUUAAAUACAACAUAUAUAAAGCUUAAGAAGUUUGUCCCAGUUUUGUAUUGCUUGACAAACAACACAAAACAAUCUGGGGGACAUUUUGUUCCUUUUUUGCCUUUUUAUAUUUAUUUAAUUGCAAACGCCGCACUAGCUGCCCCUCAUUGCAAUUAAACACCAGGCGAUGAUUUCAGCUUCAACAAAAGAAAAAGUUAGCAGGUUGAAUGCUAGUUCUGCUGUGUUUCUCUGCGCUGUAUGUAGACAUGACGUGCCAAAUUCCAGUUGUUUGUGCGUCCUCAAGAAUACGAGCAUGGGAGGACAAACGCUACAAUACUCUGGGGUAUUUUUCCUCAUCUUUUCUGCUGUGUCACUGUAACGCAAAAAAAGACCAACAAAAAAAACAAAAAAAAACACAGUACUUGUACUUUGUAAUACUGUUAAAUCAUAUCUUGUUUUUUCACACAGGUGGUAUGUUUGUAAUACGGAUACAUGUUUCUAUAUUUAGAAUGUCGACAUUCAAAGAAAAACAAAAAACGUUUUUACAAUUUGUCUUGUUUGCUUUUCUGGAGGGGCUAACUUUUAAGCUGACUUGUUAAAGUAACCAAUGACUAGUUGCUUCUUGUUAUGACAUAUAUGUACUUCUACUUUUCUCAGUUAGAAUGCACAUUAUUUCCAAGUAUGAGACUAUAUACAGUACAUAGUGCCAGUGUAUUGAAUUUCCAAAUGUUUACCAUGGUAGAUUUUGUUCAAUGAUUUAUAGCUGAUGUAAAAAAGUAACAGGGUGCCAUGUAGAACAAGCAUAAAACGAAACAGGCCUUUAUGUUUAAGUUGAACGGGGCUGUCCAAUAAAACAACCUUUAUACUGAAAAGUCAUGCAGGUUCCAUUGGCUUGUCAUUGGACACUAGAAUAGGUACACAUACUGUAUGCAUUCAUCCAACAGGAAACGGUUUUCUUUGAUAACGAAUCAUACUCAAUGCUGUCAACGAUGUGUUUAUCAUUGUGAUGUACAAUUGCAGUACAUCAUACUCAUAGCUCCUUAUAAUAUUUCACUUACAUUUUAUAACUAAUUAGCCACUCUCCAACCUUAAAAUUUAACUACAUGAUUAUCUAACUAGUCUUCCACUUUGACAUUAAAUUACAUUACUACGUAAUUAGUCUUUAAACUUUGACAUUAAAUUACAUUACUAAGUAAUUAGUCUUCAAACAUUGACAUUAAACUACAUGACUAACUAGUCUUACUUUGACAUUGAACUACAUUACUAAGUACUCUUCAACUUUGAUAACACAUGACUAACAUAUUAUUUAACCCUAAUGUUAAGCUACAUGACUAACUAACCUAGUUUUCAACACCAAUGUUGUAUGAAAUGACCAACUACCUUAAUG